UGCACAACAACAAAAGGACCCGAACUGCCGGCGGCGGCUGGGGCGCAGCGACAGGAGGGCUGGAGCCGGCCCGCGCCCCGAACCCGCCACCCGAGGACCGAGCGAGGUGCAGCCUGGCCGGACCGCAGCUACCUCAGCAGCCCCGUGCAGCCCUGCGCCCGAGCGAGCCGGUCCCGAGCCGUCCCCGCCGAGCCGGCAGCCGCUUCGUUCGCCCGCGCAUCCCGGCUGUGGCUCGGGCCCACGGAUAAUGACUCUUGUUGUUUCUCACCUAAGUUGAAUAAGCACCCUGCGCACUUUAAUUUCCUGGUGGUACCAUCGGGCUGACUGAAGACAGGAGUUUUGAAAUUGCAGCUAUAAAGACAUCCAGCCAAAGUCUCAGUCUUGCCUUAACAAUGUUACAGAGGCUGAAUAAAAUGUUUAUGGGUGAAGUCAAUACUUCUUCCAGCCAAGAGCCAGAAUUCAGUGAGAAAGAAGAUGAUGAAUGGAUUCUCGUUGACUUCAUAGACACUUGCGCUGACCUCUCAGCAGAGGAAGAGGAAGAGGAAGAGGACCUCAGUGAGGAGUCCCCUGCUGAGCACGCUUCUGUCUUCUCCUGUUUGCCUGCGUCUCUUGAGUGCUUGGCUGACACCAGUGAUUCCUGCUUCCUCCAGUUUGAGUCCUGUCCAAUGGAAGAGAGCUGGUUUAUCACCCCUCCCCCCUGUUUUACCGCAGGUGGAUUGACCACUAUCAAAGUGGAAACAAGUCCAAUGGAAAACCUUCUCAUCGAACAUCCCAGCAUGUCUGUCUAUGCUGUGCAUGACUCCUGCCCUGGGCUCGGCGAGGCCAGCUGCGGCACCGAGGAAUUUCAUGAUCCCACUAGUCCCAGAGCGGAAGCUCAGAGUGAGGUGGAGCAGCACAUCCACUGCUAUGUGGCAGCUCUUGCUGCUCACACAACGUUUCUGGAACAAUCCAAGAGCUUUCGCCCUUCCCAGUGGAUAAAAGAGCACAGUGAAAAACAGUCUCUGAACAGAAAUAGCCUUCGUCGCCAAAAUCUUACCAGGGAUUGCCACUCUCGGCAAGGCAAGCACAACGGCUGGGUUGUUCACCAGCCCUGCCCGCGUCAGUACAAUUACUAAGAAUGUCAGGUGUCGUUGCUUGGUCUCUCUCGGUUUGUGCUUGUGUGUGUGGAUGUGCGAAUCCGUGCAGUGGGCACGCUGUCUCCACAGCCAGUGAGGACCGAACACGUCGUUGUAUCGGUGUGUUUGGACACUCUGGAAAACCUGAUUUAUUUGUUGGGUACCACAUAAUGCCUUGCUGUUAACAUUUACUUUUUUGUAAAUUUCUCAGAAUAUUUUUGGAAACAUAUCAAUACAGUGUUUGUUGUUUGGGGAUGUCUUUAAAUCUGUUGAGGUGUACAUGAGUUAGCAUUUUAAAGACAUUUCCUCCAAGUAUAAGAAUAGGCAUCUUUUGGUUUCAUUUACUUUUUAUUACUUAAUCAAUCUUUUGAGUAAGCAAAAAUCUAUUCUCAGGGUCAGCCAUACACUUUAUUGACCAGUACUUGAUAAUCUCUUGUGUAUAUAAUGAACACAUUUUUACACUAACAUGAGCAUUAACAGGUGAUAGUUGCCAUGGAUAUAGUGGAAUUGUGGCUGGACUUUGUUUUGAAAGAAAACUUGAUAUAUUCCGUGUGUGUGGUUUUCGUUUUGUUUUCCCGAUUGGUCAUGCCGUUCAUUUUGGGAUUCAGGUACAUUAGCUUUAGCGAACAGUCCUUUGGGUCCUUGCUGUGUGACUAGUGCCGUGGCACAGGCAUCGCAGGGGCACGUGCAGAGGGGUUACAAAAGCCCUGUGAAAGAAUACGCGGAAAACUCGUGGCCCCCACGGACCCCUCGGCUAGCGUGCAAGUUGCUUCUGUUCUUCCCUGCCGGCUCUGCCAUGCCCGCCUCGUGUGAGCUCUGAAUCCGGAAGGCGCUGUGUGGGCACCUGUGACGCCAUUUCUGGGGGGGAGGGGGUGCGCACAAGACAAGCAGGAGGCUUUAUUUUUGCAGACACGAGGGCCAGCCCCCUGCCAAGCGGCAGGCGAGGGCGGCGGCGGCAGGUGUCUGGGGAUGGCUCUCACAGCACCGAGGCCGGAACCACAGGCUGGCUUCCGUGAGUGUUCCUGUUUGCCCGCACUUCAGCAAAAUCUCCAACCAUUCUGGCCCCCGCACCCGGCGCCGCCUCGGGCCCUCACGCGGCUGCAGUGGGGCCGUGCGGACCGAGCCUGUGCGAACUUCCAAGGCCUUUCUACUGACUCCAGUGAUGGCGGGGCGCUGCCACUACUGUUCCCCACAGCGUUGGUGCUACUGUGGCCAGAGUGUAGGGGUCCCCUCGCGCGCAGGCGCAGGCCACUUAACUUGACGCAGAAAAAUCGACUUCCUUACCUCUAGCCACUCUCUUCACGUUGUAGCGGUGGUGGGGGUCUUGCUGAGCCAUCCACACCCUCGCUGGUGCCCUCUGCGGCUCACCAGACACGUGCCCAGCCCGCUCUGCGGAAGGCUAUCCCAGUCCCGCAGCUUGUGUGUCCGCGUCCUGGGCUAGAAAAUGUCUGCAAGGAAAAAGCAACACGGCCUCGGGCAGGACUGUGUGCCUGGCAGCCGUGUAGCCGCCUGCUGCAGGCAGCCGGGGCGCGCAGGCCGGAGCUGUGCCCCUGCCGCUGCCGCCGCUGUGUGUGCGGACACGCUGGUUCUAGACUCUUCCACUGGCCAUGACCGAGUGCCAGGAUGCCUCUUUAGAACAAGAGGCUGGGUCCCCCACCCCUUUCUCUGUUGACUUCCCCUUUAUUUAUUUGUUUUCUAAUUGGGGGCCAAGAUUGUAAAGUUUUGUUAAACUGAGUUAGAAGUUAGUUUGUUACUAUGUGCGUUUACCGGAGGUGGGAGAUGAGGUCAAGUUUUCCUGCUGGUGUGUGUUUCACACCCGCUGUUCUGGGGCCAUAGGCUGGUGACUUGGAAACGGAAGGUGUGUGUGUCGCACCCGCUGUUCUGGGGCUGUAGGCUGGUGACUUGGAAACGGGCCGCUCACCGUCUUCUGUGGGGAGCCCGAGUGCUUAGCGUCUCUGUGUGCGUGUGUGCUUAGUGCCUCACCAGCUACAGAAGUUCAGCCGUGAGAAUUUGUUUGGCAGCGUGAACAGAUUUGUAUAUAAACAUGCAGUGGUCUUUUUUUUAAUAUAAUGUUUUUGAAAUUUCCUGAUACCUUAAAUAUAUUUACAUCUGUUACUCACUGACUUUUUGUUGGGCUAAGGGCCCCACUUUUCUAUUAUGCUUUAUUCCUAGAAAACAAAAAACAUUACAAAAAACAUUUAGACAUUGGGAUUUUCCUUUCAGGAUUAGGAUUACCAGGCCCCCUGUGAUAUCCUCCCGUGGUUUCUGUGUCAGUGUGUAAGGUUUCUGUCAGGUGUAGGAAUGGAAGAAAAUGGUUACAUCAUUCAGUUGAAGUUCUCAAAGUUCAAGAGAUGUUUGUUAGGCAUCUAUUGCAUUGAAAGACAUAAGGCCAAUAAUAAUACAAAGUGAUGUUGACUUGUUAACUAUUCUUUGAACGAUGGCCAAAAUAUACUUUGUUAUGGGUUUAUUAUUUUUGCUGUUGUAAAUACUAGUGGUUUACAGUGCGCUUUAAUGCAUAGUCCUUAAAAAUGGGAGCAGUGAGCAAUGAGAGCCCUCUGAAUUCAAUAGCGCUCUUUCUAAACUGGUAAUGGAGAAUGGUAUUUGGAAAAAGCCUGGAAUAUGUGGGCACAUAAGCAGUGCUUAGUGGAUGAGUUUCUUAGCUUUUACAGGACACUUUGCUUCUGAGUUUGUGGUUUCGUUAAUGAAACAUUUUCUGCGGAUCCUAUGUUUAUUUUUCUUUCUCAGCUGACUGAAUUACGUACCGCAUAUUAUCGCACAGAAAGCUGAAGACAGCCAUCCGUUCGUCUUCCGUGGCAGUGCACUUAUAUGCUUGGCUGGGUGGAGGAUUUUUCUGCAGAAGAUGCAAAGUGAUAGGAUUUUUUUCUCAUUGCAGGGAGCUUUUUACCCGGUUAGUUUCCUGUCCCUGUUGUCAGCUCCCCAGCAGUCUGCUGUGUUUACACGCUUCCUUUGCUGUCCCAGUGCUGUGACUCCUCCUUGGCAGGGCUGUUCAGCAUUGCUUCAUUGCUUGUUUUUGCUUCUCGCACCUGUGUAGUACACUGGUUUGGCAUCUGCAUCCUCGUGGAGAUCUUGAGUUUCUAUGCUGUUUCUCAACCUUCUCGAGGAAAUGUAUUAUCUUUAGAUCCUCUCAAGAAAAAAACAAGGAAAGGACCUUCUUAUCCUUAUUUUCCUUAGUUGGAAAAAAAAAAAAAUGCAGGACUCCCACUGGAAGGUACACAUGUACAUUUAAAUAGGUUGGUGGGAAAAGUUGGGGGUGUUUCCAGGGUUAUUUUUUGCUUUUAGAAUCAGCUAAGAGACUGCUCCUUGUACUGGGAGAUACUAGUACGUGUUUGUGAUGUUACCUUAAAAUUACCUGCUUAUUUUACAAAGCCCACGGAUGCUAGGUAAACACUUUGAAAAGCUGGGCUUCUAUCAUGAUGGUUUCACUGCCGUCCGCCUUGCUGAUUAUAAAUGGCAUCUCUCUUUAUUUUAAUGCUUACAAUUUUGUAUAAAAUGCUUUAUUUAGGAAACCUACACAGUACUCAUACAGUGGGGUUAGCCUUGCCACGCUCUGGUAUCACUUGAAAGUUGACACCAGUGGAGGUGGCCUCAGGUUGAGGGAAGCAAACAGACCAGGAGAUCUGUUGUUAGUAGCGGUGCCCUUCCUGUGGGAGGAGUUACCGUUCGAGGAAGGCAGCUUCAAUGGAUAAUGUUUUGUAUACCAUUGAGAAUUUUCCUUAGGACAUUUCUAAAAAUUGUUACAUGUUCAGUGCUCAGUUCUCUGCAUCUGCCUGAAGUUUUAGAAUUUGUUUUCUAGGUGAACUUAUAAUAACCAAACCAGUACUUGGGGAGGUGAGAUGUGUGUGUUUAGGCUGGGAGUGUAUGAGUGGUUUUGUUUGCCUUCUGUUUGUGUUUUCCUCCAGAGGUUUUGAACUUCAAUCCAUAAUUGUGUUAUUUUUUAAGUGGUUUAUUUUGUUGUUGUUGUUGGUCAAGCAAAACUGUGGACACAUUUGCUUUUCAAGGGUGGGGCCAGAGUUACAGAGACGGAAGAGUAUUGGAGAUGUACUAUGUGCCUUCUCAAGGUGUUUCUGGACACAGAUUUUUUUUUUAUCAACUUGAAAACUAAAAAGGGACAUUUGGUUAAGUUAUAUACUGUACAUCAAUCUAUGCAUAAAUGGCAGCUUGUUUUCUUGAGCCACUGUCUUAAAUUUUUUUCUGUUUUUAUAGAAAUGUUUUAAUACUAAUUGGUUCAUUGAUGGUCGAUUUUAUACAGACUGAACAAUACAGCACUUUGCCAAAACUAAGUGUAGCAUUGCUUCAAUACUGUGUAUUAACACCAGUUCUCUGUACUGGGUUCAGCAGUGCACUUUGCACAACCUGGAGUUACGGUUUGCAAUCUGUCAGUUAAUAAAAUGUCCUUUAACUUCA